AUAUUUACUCAACUGAACCGGUUUUGUUGCUUUGAUACCCGAUAAAAACCGAACCAAGACCUAAAUUACGCCUCGAAACCCCUUGUCCCCCUCCUAUCUCUUCAUCCUCCGCUUCUCCGGCGAAGGUCUUGCUCACCAAUGGCGGCGAGGCUGAACUCUUCGUUUCACAACGCCCUCUCCUUCUUAAACCCAUUCAACACUCCGCUCAGCAAGAAACCAUUCUCUUCGAGAAACAGCUUCAGAUUCUCCAAAAAGCUCGCUUCUUCCCCGACGAGGAGAGCUCUCUACUCUACUUCCACCCUCGGAAGCCAUGAAAACGCCGACACUUUCGUCCUCACAACUCCUCUCUAUUACGUAAAUGCCCCUCCCCACAUGGGCAGUGCCUACACCACCAUCGCCGCCGAUUCAAUCGCCCGUUUCCAGAGGCUGCUUGGGAAGAAGGUUAUCUUUAUCACGGGAACAGAUGAGCACGGUGAGAAGAUAGCUACUUCAGCAGCUGCGAACGGACGCAACCCUGCUGAGCAUUGUGAUCUCAUUUCUCAAUCUUAUCGAACUCUUUGGAAAGAACUCGAUAUUGCUUAUGAUAAGUUCGUUAGAACCACUGAUCCUAAGCAUGAAGCUAUCGUGAAAGAGUUCUAUGAACGUGUUUUCGCCAACGGUGAUAUAUACAGAGCUGAUUAUGAAGGGCUUUACUGUGUUAACUGUGAGGAAUAUAAGGAUGAGAAAGAGCUGCUUGAAAACAAUUGUUGCCCUGUUCAUCAAAUGCCAUGUGUUGCAAGGAAAGAAGAUAACUACUUCUUUGCUCUAUCCAAAUAUCAGAAACCUCUUGAGGAAGUUUUGUCUCAGAAUCCUCGUUUUGUGCAGCCUCCUUACCGUCUAAACGAGGUGCAAACUUGGAUAAAGAGUGGAUUAAGGGAUUUUUCAAUUUCUCGAGCAUUAGUAGAUUGGGGGAUUCCUGUUCCUAAUGAUGAUAAGCAAACCAUAUAUGUUUGGUUUGACGCUCUACUAGGUUACAUAUCAGCUCUAACAGAGGACAAUGAGCAACAAAAUCUUGACACUGCUGUUUCAUUAGGAUGGCCUGCUUCAUUGCAUUUGAUCGGAAAGGAUAUUCUAAGAUUUCACGCUGUCUAUUGGCCUGCUAUGCUAAUGUCUGCUGGUCUGAACCUUCCAAAGAUGGUGUUUGGCCAUGGAUUUCUCACAAAGGAUGGAAUGAAGAUGGGGAAAUCGUUGGGGAACACUCUAGAACCUUUUGAGCUGGUUCAGAAAUUUGGACCAGAUGCUGUCAGGUACUUCUUCAUCCGGGAGGUUGAGUUUGGAAACGAUGGGGACUACUCAGAAGACCGUUUUAUAAAAAUUGUCAAUGCACAUCUCGCCAACACUAUAGGAAACCUCCUUAACCGUACUCUUGGCCUUCUUAAAAAGAACUGUGAGUCCACUUUAGUAGUAGAUUCCACUAUUGCAGCUGAAGGAGUUUCUUUGAAAGACACAGUGGAGAAGCUGGUUGAAAAGGCACGGACAAACUAUGAGAAUCUUUCAUUAUCAACGGCGUGUGAGGCUGUGUUAGAGAUUGGGAAUGCUGGAAACUCCUACAUGGAUCAAAGAGCACCUUGGAUGCUUUUCAAACAAGGUGGUGACUCAGCAGAAGCUGCAGCCAAGGAUCUGGUGAUUAUACUCGAAGUAAUGAGAAUCAUAGCCGUGGCGUUAUCCCCAAUUGCUCCUUCCUUAAGCCUGAAGAUAUAUUCACAGCUUGGCUUCUCAGUUGAUCAGUUCAACAGCGUAACAUGGAAUGACACCAAGUGGGGAGAGCUAAAGGGAGGUCAAGUAAUGGCGCAAGCGAGUCCUGUUUUUGUAAGGAUCGAGCUGGAUGCAGCAGAGAAAGAUGAAGAGAAGAAGCCAAAGGAUAGUAAGAAAAAGGGUAAAGCUAAGGUCAAAGUAGAGCAACAGCCUCAGAUUGUAGCAGAAGAAGCUUAGUCAAUCUUGUGGUUUCGUUUUGUAGCUUGAAGCUUUAAAACCCCUUGUCAUGAUUCAAUUCUAUUCAAUGUUUCAUCAGCUUCAUCUACUACUGUAAACUGAGACUUCAUAGUUCUGAUUCAUCAAACUUUGUUAUCUUA